GGAAAGUCCAGUGUUGCGGUUUGUGUGGAAGGCGGCUGGAGCAGGGGGCGGACACAAGCGUGGACCCCGUCCGUCCAGGAAGUGACGACAAGCCGACACAGUUUGACAACAAGUCCGCCGGUUCCGCUUCGGUCCGUCCAAGUUGAGCACCGGGGCGGACCCGCCGCGCCAUGCACCUGCUGUAGCGGCCACACUUCCGGGUUGGACUUUGUUCGUCGUCGAGGAGUGAAAAGAUGUCCGUCAACGAGCUGUACACGACGUUCACGCGGGUGUGGAUCCCAGAUGUGGAUGAGGUGUGGAAGUCUGCAGAGAUCACCAGGGAUUACCAGCAAGGAGAGCCGGUGCUACACCUGAGACACGACGAUGGCACGCUGCAGGAGUAUCCUGUGGGCCCAAAGGGCAACCCUCUCCCGUUCCUGCGCAACCCUGACAUUUUAGUGGGUGAGAACGACCUGACCGCUCUCAGCUACCUUCAUGAACCCGCCGUCCUGCACAACCUGCGAGUGCGUUUUCUGGAGUCCAACCACAUCUACACGUACUGCGGUAUCGUCCUGGUGGCCAUCAAUCCAUACGAGGAGCUGCAGAUCUACGGAGAGGAGGUCAUCAAUGCCUACAGCGGUCAGAACAUGGGCGACAUGGACCCGCACAUCUUCGCCGUGGCCGAAGAAGCCUACAAACAGAUGGCGAGAGACGAGAGGAACCAGUCCAUCAUUGUGAGUGGAGAAUCUGGAGCCGGGAAGACGGUUUCUGCAAAGUAUGCCAUGCGCUUCUUCGCCACUGUCGGCGGCUCAGCCAAUGACAGCAACGUGGAGGAGAAAGUCCUCGCCUCCAGUCCUAUCAUGGAGGCUAUCGGGAACGCCAAAACCACACGAAACGACAACAGCAGUCGCUUCGGGAAGUACAUCGAGAUUGGAUUCAGCCGGAACUACCACAUCAUGGGUGCUCACAUGCGCACGUACCUGCUGGAGAAGUCGCGUGUGGUUUUCCAGGCUGAAGACGAGCGGAAUUAUCACAUCUUCUACCAGCUGUGCGCUUGCUCCGCCUUGUCCGAGCUGCAAGACCUCAGCCUCACCAGCGCAGAAGACUUCACGUACACGUCCAUGGGAGAGAACAUCUUCAUCGAGGGUGUGAGCGACGCAGACGACUUCAACAAGACCAGACAGGCCUUCAGAUUGCUGGGCAUCAAAGAUGCCAGCCAGAACGCCAUCUUCAGAGUCCUGGCCUCAAUCCUGCACCUGGGCAACAUCGAGAUCUGCUCCGAGAGGGAUGGCGAGUCCUGCCACGUCUCGAGCGACGACGUCCACCUGAAGCAUUUCUGCCGACUUCUGGGUCUCGAGUCUCAGCAGAUGGAGCACUGGCUGUGCCACAGGAAGCUGGUCACGGCGUCGGAGACGUACGUCAAGAACAUGUCGAGCAAGCAGGCGACCAACGCCCGUGACGCCCUAGCCAAGCACAUCUACGCCGGCAUGUUCCAGUGGAUCGUGGGGCACAUCAACCUGGCGCUGCACACGUCCUCCAAGCAGCACUCCUUCAUCGGCGUCCUGGACAUCUACGGGUUCGAGACCUUUGAAGUGAACAGCUUCGAGCAGUUCUGCAUCAACUACGCCAACGAGAAACUGCAGCAGCAGUUCAACUCGCACGUCUUCAAGUUGGAGCAGGAGGAGUACAUGAAGGAGCAGAUCCCCUGGACCCUCAUCGACUUCCACGACAACCAGCCCUGCAUCGACCUGAUCGAGGCGCGGCUCGGCGUGCUGGACCUACUGGAUGAGGAGUGCAAGGUGCCCAAAGGAACGGAUCAAAACUGGGCCCAGAAGCUCUAUAAGCAGCAUGCCAGCCGCGCGCACUUCCAGAAACCUCGGAUGUCCAACUCCUCCUUCAUCAUCAUCCACUUUGCUGACAAGGUGGAAUACGAGUGUGACGGCUUCCUGGAGAAGAACCGAGACACCGUGUACGACGAGCAGAUCAACAUCCUGAAGGCCAGUCAGGUUCAGCUGGUUGCCGACCUCUUCAGCAGCAAGGACGGCGACCCCCCUCCCAAAACAUCCAGAGUGAACGUGCGUGCAGCCAAGUCGGCCCCCAAAGCCCCCAACAAGGAGCACAGGAAAACUGUUGGCCUGCAAUUCCGCAGCUCCUUGCAUCUUCUCAUGGAGACGCUGAACGCCACCACGCCUCACUACGUACGCUGUAUCAAACCCAACGACUACAAGGAGGCCUUCUCGUUCGACUCACGGCGAGCCGUGCAGCAGCUGCGAGCCUGCGGCGUCCUGGAAACCAUCCGCAUCAGCGCAGCCGGAUACCCGUCCAGGUGGACGUACAGCGACUUCUUUAGCAGGUAUCGUGUCCUGAUGCGCAAGUCGGACAUGUUGUGUGCAGACAGGAAGUUGGUGUGUCGCCAGCUUCUGGAGACGUUGGUCAAGGAUGGAGACAUGUUCCAGUUUGGAAAGACCAAGAUCUUCUUCCGGGCCGGCCAGGUGGCCUACUUGGAGAAGCUGCGUGCCGACAAGUUCCGCGCCGCUUGCAUUAUGAUCCAGAAGACGGUGCGCGGAUGGCUGCAGCGUGUCCGAUAUCAGAAGAUCCGCAAGUCGGUCAUCUUGUUACAGCGAUACGGGCGAGGCUACCUGGCGCGCAGGUACGCUGAAUAUUUGCGACUGACACGCGCCGCCAUCAUCUGUCAGAAGAAUUAUCGCAUGGCCAGGGAGCGCCGCGCCUUCAUCACGGUGCGCCAGGCCACCGUCGUCAUCCAGGCAUACGCCCGAGGGUUGUUCACUCGCCGGAUUUACCAGGAGUUUGUGCUACACCACAAAGCCAUGAUCAUCCAGAGGAACGUACGUGGCUGGUUGCAGAGAGUCAGGUUCAAACGCAUGCGCCUCGCCGCCAUCGUGUUGCAGUGCGCCUUCAGGCGCGUUCGUGCUCAACGCCUCUUCAAGGCGCUGAAGAUGGACGCGGGCUCGGCCGAGCGUCUGAAGAAGCUGGACGCGGGCAUGGAGAACAAGAUCGUGCAGCUGCAGAGGAAGAUGGACGACCAGGGUAAAGAGUACCGCGCUCAGAACGAGCAGCUGCUGCAGGCCAACACCACUCUGGGCUCAGAGCUGAGCCGCCUCCAGAAGCAGCUGCAGCAGGCCCGCAGCCAGCAGGGCGACGCCACUCAGCUGAGCGUGCUGCAGGCGGAGCUGGAGAGGCUGCGGGCGGAGCUGGUGGAGGCCAAGGCCCAGAGGAGCAGACUGGAGGAGGACCACCUCACCCAGAAACUGGGUCUGACCCAGAGGGUGGCCGAGCUGGAGGAGGAGAACUCGCUGCUGAAGAGUGAAAAGGAAGAACUGAACCUGAAGAUUCAACAGCAGUCGUCCCGCGCCGCAGAGGACGCAGGAAGUGCGUUGCUGCGAGCAGAGAUGGAUGCGGAGCGGCGUCGCUACCAGAAUCUUCUGAAGGAAUAUUCCAGACUGGAGCAGAGAUAUGAAAACCUGAAGGAGGAAGUUUCUUUGCCCAAGUUCCAGCCGGGACACCACCGGAACCCAUCCAACCAGAGCAGCCAGGAAUCCGACUCCAACUACACGUCCAUCUCCACGUCGGAGGUGGGAGACGGCGAGGAUGCGAUCCAGCUAGUGGAGGAAAUGGGCGUGCACAAGGCGGCCAUGGACAUCAGCGUCUUCGUCAAGCUGCAGAAGCGGGUUCGAGAGCUGGAGAGCGAGCGAAAGCGACUGCAAGCCAACGUAGACAAGAUGGAAGAGCUCGCCAGACAGCAGGGGUCAGAUGUCAGGAGUCCCGCCGCUGAGCAACAAGCGGCCGAUUUGGCGUACAACAACCUGAAGCGACAAGAGCUGGAGUCGGAGAACAAGAAGCUGAAGAACGAUCUGAACGAGUUGCGCCGCAGCGUCGCAGAUCGCAACUCGCCGGAGGAGAAUCAAGGCGGGUACAACCUGCUGCUGAGUCAGCUCCGGUCCGCCACCGAGGAGCUGGACGCCCGCAAGGAGGAAGUUCUCAUUCUCAAGACCCAGAUUGUCAGCGCUGUGGAGCAGCGGGAGAAGAACCACCGGCUGGAGGACCGCGACGGCAGCAGCUCACCGGUGGACCAAGAUGAGGAACUCAAAACGUAUCAGGACCUCAGCGAGUCCCACAAGAUGCUGGAGGCGGAGCUUCAGUCGCAGACUCGCCAGCAUGGCGACGAGCUGGAGGCGUUGCACACGCAGAUCGAGCUGCUGAAGGACGACAUCGAGAAGAAGCAGGAGAUGCUCAACUACACCACGUCCUUGUCGCCCGAGGCCCUGCUGGAGUACAGCGUGCAGCUGGAGAUCACCCGACUCACCGAUGACAACCUGGACCUCAAGGAGCUGGUGGAGAAACUGGAGAAAAACGAGCGCAAGCUCAAGAAACAGCUGAGGAUCUACAUGAAGAAGGUCCAGGAGCUGGAAGGUAGGAGGUCACAAAAGCAAGCGCUCCUUCACGCCAUCCUCACGACGUCGAUGUCGUCAGUCUCACGCAGCGGCCACGCCAAAGCGGAGUUGGGCCGCCAGGUGACGCUGCAGCGCAAGGAGAAGGACUUUGAGGGCAUGUUGGAGUACUGCAAGGACGACGAGGCCCUGCUCAUCAAGACGCUCAUCACAGACAUGAGGCCAGAUGACGUGUCGGGGACGGUCCCGUGCUUGCCGGCAUACGUCCUCUUCAUGUGCGUCCGCCACGCCGACUACAUCAACGACGACCACAAAGUGGAGUCUCUGCUGACCGCCAGCAUCAACGCCAUUAAACGCGCGCUCAAGAGGAACGACGACUUCGACACGACCUCCUUUUGGCUCGCCAACACCAGCCGCCUCCUCCACUGCCUCAAGCAGUACAGCGGCGAUGAGGCGUUCAUGGUCCACAACACGGCCAAGCAGAACGAACACUGCCUGAAGAACUUCGACCUGACCGAGUACCGCCAGGUUCUGAGCGACCUGUCCAUCCAGAUUUACCAGCAGCUGGUCCGUGUGGGCGAGGCCGUCAUCCAGCCCAUGAUCGUGUCGGCCAUGUUGGAGAGCGAGAGCAUCCCCAGCCUGGCGGGCGUAAAGCCCAUGGGCUACCGAAACCGCUCGUCCAGCAUGGAUAACGACGGCGACGGGCCCGGCGGCUACACGCUGAAGGCGCUGAUCCGUCAGCUGGGCCAGUUUCACGCCGUCAUGCGGGACCACGGCCUGGACCCUGAGAUCGUGGGCCAGGUGGUCCGGCAGCUCUUCCAUUGCGUCAACGCCGUCACGCUCAACAACCUGCUGCUCCGCAAGGACGUGUGCUCCUGGAGCACCGGCAUGCAGCUCAGGUACAACACCAGCCAGAUGGAGGAGUGGCUCCGAGCCAACAACCUGUACCAGAGCCAGGCCGCCGCCACGCUGGAGCCCAUCAUCCAGGCAGCCCAGCUGCUGCAGGUCAAGAAGAAGACGUCGCAGGACGCCGAUGCCAUCUGCUCGCUCUGCUCCGCCCUCAACUCCCAGCAGAUCGUUAAGAUUCUCAACCUGUACACGCCCCUCAACGAGUUUGAAGAGCGCGUCACUGUGUCCUUCAUCAGGAACAUCCAAAACCGCCUUCAGGAACGCAAUGACCCGCCGCAGCUCCUGCUGGACACCAAGCAGACGUUUCCCGUCCUCUUCCCGUACGCACCCUCCGCCCUUAGCCUGGAGACGCUGCACAUUCCAGCCUCGCUUGGUCUCAACUUCCUCAUCCGCGUCUGAACUCUGACCUUUUUAGGAGGGGCUUGAGGUUUGAUUGAUGGUCAUGUGACUUGUACAAAUAAAAAUAUUUAUAUAGAAUGUUUU